AUGUUCGUCCAAGCCCUCGCCCUAUCUCUCCUCGCCCUUGCGACUCCUGGAGUCGAUGCUGGUAAGCCAGUCAAGGGCAAAACAGUAAAAGCAAACCUUGGUCUUUGCUCUGCUCAAGCAGAAUGCAUCGACUUUACCAUCAAGAAGCGUGACAGCAGCCGCUGUAAGCCCGAUGGCAACUGCCCUGUCGAAGUCUGUAUGAUCUUGGACACCACCAAGGAUGGAUGUAUGAAAGAAGGCCCUAUCAGUCACUUGUGUGCUGCAAGCGAUGGUGAUGGAUGUGCCGCUUUCGAAGAAGAUGGUAUUACCCCUCUCACUGGAAAGGGAAAUUCUACGGACUGUACUCUUACAGGAGCUGACGAAUCUGCCGCUUUUGAUGGCAAGUGCGAACCUACUGAUGAUCAGACUCGUAUUGUUAUGUGCCAAGAAGGUGAAGCAGGAGAAACCCUUUUUUGGGCACUCAAGGAUUCCAGUGUCGAAGACUUUGCCUCCUACGACUUUACUGGUGGCUUCACCUUUGACAAAGAUUCUACGACAUGCUCUCCAACGAUAGAAUGUACAGGAGAUUCCGGUUUCCAAUGCGCUGAUCCAAGCAAUGGAAUGUUUGAGAAAACUCGUGUGUGGAAAUACACAAUUCCUGCCAAUGAUGGCGGUGCUUGUGAUUUAUGUGCUCCUCCUCCCGAAGAAGAAAAAGAGCCUGUUACUGCUGAAGGUGGCAAGAACAACCUCGCCCUUUGCUCUGCCCAAAAGGAUUGCAUUGACUUUACUAUCAAUAAGCGCGAGAGUCCCAGUUGCAAUCUCAGUGGUAACUGCGGAAUUGAAGUGUGUUUGAUCUUGGACACCACCAAGGAUGGCUGUGCCAAGGAGGGCCCCAUCAGUCACUUAUGUGCUGCAAGCGAUGCCCAUGGAUGUGCCGCAUAUGCUGCCGAUGGAACCCCUAUGACUGGAAAAGGUAGCUCUUCGGAUUGUAACCUUACUGGACUGGACGGCGCUUCCGCUUUUGAUGGCAAGUGUGAACCUUCAGAACAACAAACCAAGAUUGUCAUGUGUCAAGAAGGUGAACCAGGGGAAACUCUCCACUGGGGUCUGAAGGAUUCCAGUGUUACCGACCUUGGCUCCUACGACUAUACUGGUGAUUUUACCUUUGACAAUGAUUCUACGACAUGCUCGCCAGUGAUUGAAUGUACGGGAGAUUCUGGUUUGCAAUGCGCUGAUCCGAAGAAUGGAAUGUACGACGCUACUCGAGUUUGGAAAUACACAAUCCCUACGAAUGACAGCAGUGCUUGCGAUCUAUGUGGCUCCAGUGGAACUUCUGAUACCAAUGUUGUCGAUUCUGCUACCAGUGAUGGUGACUCUGGAUCAGUUGGAUCUUCCGGUGCCGACUCUGAAACUGCCGCUGACUCUGGUACCAAUGAUGGUGACGCGAACUCUGAUGUCGACUCUGAAUCAAGUGGAUCUUCUGGUAGCAACUCUGGAGUUGACUCUGAUACCGGUAAUGUUGACGUGACUAGCUCUGAUUAUCCUGACCCUAUCUCUACCAAUGAUGGUGAUGCGGCUAGCUCUGAUGUCGACUCUGAAUCAAUUGGAUCUUAUGGUGAUGUCGACUCUCAAUCAAUUGGAGCUUCUAGUGACGACUCUGAAACCAACGCUGACUCUGAUACCAGUGACGCUGACGCGAGUAGCACCGAUGGAAACUCUGCUGAUAUUGCGGUUGCUCCAACUGCCACUGCUGAUCCUCCUACAACUGAUACCACUGACGGUGACGUGACAAACUCUGAUGGAGACUCUGAAUCAACUGCAUCUGCUGAUAGCAAUUCUGGAACCAACGCUGACUCUGAUACCAGUGACGCUGACGCGAGUAGCGCCGAUGGAGACUCUGCUGAUAUUGUGGUUGCUCCAACUGCCACUGCUGAUCCUCCUACAACUGAUACCACUGACGGUGACGUGACAAACUCUGAUGGAGACUCUGAAUCAACUGCAUCUGCUGAUAGCAAUUCUGGAACCAACGCUGACUCUGAUACCAGUGACGCUGACGCGAGUAGCGCCGAUGGAGACUCUGCUGAUAUUGUGGUUGCUCCAACUGCCACUGCUGAUCCUCCUACAACUGAUACCACUGACGGUGACGUGACAAACUCUGAUGGAGACUCUGAAUCAACUGCAUCUGCUGAUAGCAAUUCUGGAACCAACGCUGACUCUGAUACCAGUGACGCUGACGCGAGUAGCGCCGAUGGAGACUCUGCUGAUAUUGCGGUUGCUCCAACUGCCACUGCUGAUCCUCCUACAACUGUGAAUCCACCAACUGCAGUUCUGCCACCAAUUGUUCCCGAUACGGACCUAGCCAGCUACGAGGCCGGAAGUCAAGGUGAUCCCCACUUCAAGACUUGGAGAAACGAGCACUACGAAUACCAUGGACAGUGUGACAUGGUCUUGGUCAAGGAUCCGAACUUCGCAGAUGGUCUUGGUUUGGAUGUUCAAAUCCGUACCAAGUUGGUUCGCUUCUGGUCCUACAUCAAGAGUGCCGCCAUUCGCAUUGGCAACGACGUCUUUGAGAUUGAAGGUAGUGUGGAUGGACCCAUUGGAGAAAUUCGUUACUGGUACAACAUGGAGUUCAAGGGUCCUGUCAAGACUGUUGGUGGUUUCCCACUCACGAUACGCAGUAACGGCCAAUCCAAGAAGCAGGUUGUUCAAAUCGACUUGGGCUCCAAGUACCCUGGAUCUAUUAUUGAGUUCCAGAUCUUCAAGGAGUUCGUCAAGGUUGACUUUUUGAAACCAACUGCCGAUGCCUUUGGCAACACAGUCGGUAUGCUGGGCGACUUCAGGACUGGCAAGACUUUGGCUCGUGACAGAGCAACAGAGAUGCACGAUUUCCGCGAACUUGGAAACGAAUGGCAAGUCCAUCCCCACGAUAUGAUGCUCUUCCACAUUACUGAGCAGCCCCAAUUCCCAACUCAGUGCCUUGAGCCUGAAGACCCCCGUGGUGCACGUCGUCGCCGCCUCGAAGAGUCCUCCGUCAGUUUGGACGAUGCUGAAAAAGCAUGCGCUGAUCUGACCGACGAACUCGACCGCAAGGACUGCGUCUAUGACAUUAUCGCCACACAAGACAUGACCAUGGCCGGAGCCUAUUGA